CUGACUAGAAGUUGAAGAAUACACUUGAGAAAACACUAUGACUUUGCUACGUGUAUUGCAGAUUUCACUAUUUCUUACAAUUGCACGAGGGGACCCUUUACCAACACGACAAGAGUGUCGUGAACCAGACGAUGAUUAUUUGAGCCUGAUGCGCAGGAGUGUACUGGAGGAUUUUGUUUACAUGUCUGAGGCACAUGUACAAAUCGAUGAAGUGACAAAACAGGACGAACAAAAUUGUCCGCCAAGAAGCUUGCUAUCUAGCCAAAAUAGCUUUUCAUUGUGCCCGACGUACCAGGAACUUGACAGAGACGAAAGGCGAACACCAUCUGACAUCCUUCAAAACAGGUGUCGCUGCGAACGUUGUGCCAUGCGCCGUAGACGACAUCAUAAGUACAUUUGUGAGUCCGUCUACCGGUAUAUCCCUGUUAUCAUGAGGGUGGGGUGUACAAACGGUAUUUAUGAUUAUAUGAUUGCUGAACAGAAAGUAUCAGUUGCAUGUGUUUGUAAGGAGAAACCUAAAUCUAAGCUAGGCAAUCGAACUGUCGUCUCCACUGAGCAAAUGAUGGAACAGUAUGGGUCUAGUGACGGUGAAAGUAUUUCUGAAACAGAAAAAAUGGCCACGAACAAUGAGAAUGCAAAACUAUUACGGCCUGAACUGAAAAAAAUGUCCGAGGUAUUGGAAUCAUUGGUAAGUGUCCUUGACUCCAAUCAAAAUGAAAUUGAUAUGGAAGAAAUUCAGGAACAUCAAAGAGCAGAAAGUUCACCUGAAACUGAGAAAAUGCCCAAAACAUUCGUACCAAUCGAAGACGCUGUUGAUACAAAUGAAGACGUUCAAGAUAAUCAACCGGAAAUACCAAUUUUAGACACAGAGAAAAUGCCAGAAAUUUAUUCAUCCAGGGAAGAUAUAAUGGAAUCUGCUGAACACAAUACAGAAGAGAUGAGUCCAAAUCAACGAGACAUGACGUCAAACCCAACCGAAAAAAUGCCCCAAGACUUCCAACCAGUAAAUGCUCAACCCCACAAUGCGUUUAUUCCUGACAAUCAGAAAAUGCCUACCGACUUUGAACAUAUCCAUGAACAUGGUACGCACUUCACAAGUCAUGAACGAAUGCCGAAAUAAAUGGUUUACAUGGACGUUUUAGCCGUAGUCGUGAAGAUGGCAUUGAAUCACAUAUUCUGAAAAAAUCUUUAUCGAAGUUUCUUUAAAUAUUUGCCUAGAAGGGGAAAGAAGAGAAAGGCGGUCUUUCGAGGAUCAGAAUGCAGUGCAUUUAAGUACGAAUUACUUAUUAAAACACUGUAAAUCCGUUUGGGAAAUUACUGUUGUGAUACUCAGAUUGACGUUUUUAUCGUUCAGACAGACAAGUGAUUUCAUCCAAGCAUAUCUUGCUUGACGAAAUCGUUGACAGGUAUUUAUUUUACAGUGUUGUAAACACAAACUGGCUAUGGUCUAUUUAAGUGUUUAUUAUAUUUGUUAAAUGUCAAGAGACAAUGAAGUCCAUUCUACCUCGUUAAUGUACAUUGCAUGCCAACCUUUAAAUGUCCGAUGAAUAAUUAUUGUCGUUUACAUUUAUACAAAUUUACAAUAUUCAUUUUAUCUACAUAUGGGUUUUCAGAUUUUUUAACAU